CAGCAGGAGAUACAGAUGCUUAAAGAGGAACUGUCCAUGUACAAAACACCGAAUGAGUUGUUACCUGGAGCCCAGCUGGCCGAGAUCGACAGUCAGGUUCAGAGGUUUCUGGACGGAAGCCUGAAGGAAAUCACUGUCACAAGUAUCAGGCAGGCCCAAGCACUGUUUGCCCAAAUCAAACUGGCUGUGCAGGAACAGAAGCAGAAGGUGAUGGCUCAGCUCUGCCACAAGUGCAGCUUGGCUGAGAAAAAUCAAAAUGGAAACAUUGGCGCUAUCAAGGUCAUGGAGCAGGAUACCAGAGGCGGGAGCGACGAUGUGGAGGCUGGCAGUACUGGGACAUCUGCCCAGUCGCCGAAGCAGACACGGGACCCGAGUUCCACCACAUCGAAAACCGUGAAGUUGAGGGACAAACAGAGCCAAAGGAAGAGACAGGGGGGAGGGAGUCCUGCUUCCAGGAAGCGAUCAGAGAGUGCAUCCAAAUCAAAGCUGAACUCUGCCCAGAUGCCUGAGAGGGAACAGGAGUCCCAAAAGCCAGACACAGAGUCCUUGGACUCACAGCCACCUGAAAACAAAUCCUUUCCCCCUGGGGUUGUUUCUCUUCCUCCCAAAGCAGAGGCAUUUGAGGAUUUUAAAGCAGGACAAGGCCAUAUGAUCACCUGCAUCCUUAAGGACAACAAGGCUGUGCUGCUGGAACGCCGUGGUCUCCUUCGACAGCUUACAGAGGAUGUCAGUGCUGUCAAGAGAAAGAUCGACUGCACAACAGCUACCAUCCAGCAGCGCAAGGAAAUGAGAGAAACCCAAGGUCAGUAUUUGGUCAUGGAAGAGGAGGAGGAGCUAGAUGACACUUUGAUAUUGCAGCUCAGAGAGCUGAAGACCCUGUACCAGCAGAGAUGUGCAGCGUUGCGUGACAUCAAGGCAGAGGUCAACUACUGUCAGCACCUUGUGGAUCAGUGCACAGUGCGCCUGCUCUCUGAAUUUGAAACCUGGUAUAAGAAGACUUGCCUGUUUCCUGAGGAGGAGCUCCAGAUGACUAUGAGCCUUGCAAAGUGGAACAAGGCGCUCUCCAUUACUCCUAUGCAGAACAGCUCAUCGGCUGGGUCUGGACAGAGAAGACACUUUCCAAUUCCACCUGUUACUUAACUGAGUUUUAUGCACAAACUAAAGUUCAUAAACUAAGACAUCCACAAGUGCUAAAUGUGAAGUGUAAUGUGCCUUUUCAGUGUACACACAGUCCUACUAAAUAU